AUGAGUGUUGUCGGAAUUGGUAAACGACCGAAUCAAAACUAUUUACCUUGUGGAUGUCGUGCAAUGCUGAGACUGAAUUUCAAUUGGGCUGAAAACGCUUUACGUAUAACGACGCUGAAUGAUCAACAUACGGGUCACGAUCUGUCUGCAGACAGCUACGCGAAAAUCGCAUGUAAAAUAAGACGCACAAGUCCAUCGAUCAAUAAUCAAGAAAAGAGUGCAUCGGUUAAAAGACCGCAAGCGCAAUAUUCAGUGAAAAAUGACUGGAAUGAAGAUAGAAGAACGGUGAAAGGAGAUGGCGAGGGAACACCUCAAGCUCGGACCAAUACCAACACUCCAAGUUCGACAACAACACCGAACUCAUCAAGAAGCAAAACACCGCUUUCAUCAGUUGUUCAAAACGGUUCCUCGGUAUCGUUCAAACAAGAUGCCUCAAAUACAGUACCUCCACAAAACAACUACGGUAACAACACAACAUCACAACACCAACAACAAAACCAACAACAGCAACAGUAUAAUGCACUUCAGAAUUUAGCAGCAGUUGCAGCCGCAAUGAGUCAUCAGCAGCAAUUAGCAAAUGCUCUGUUCACGAAUCAUAAAGAAAAUAUGAACAACAACGCCAAUAAUUUCUUGUCGUACCAAAAUACUGCGUCACCUUUGAUGCAGUCCCUGAACAACACCACAAGUCCACACAUACUUCCUUUGAUACGGGGAAUGUUGGGUUUAUCGAACUUUACAUCGCCAUUACUGAUGCCGUCAUUGCAACAGCACCAACCACAGCAGUCGUUGAUCGACUCUCCACAAAUGCAACACCAAUCAAAUUUAAUCAAUUCGUCCAAUCAAAUGUCAUCAUCUCCGUCAUCAACUCCAAUCAAUCUCAAUAUACCACUCACACAGUCACUCAAUAAUACCUCUGUAAACACCAACAACCUGAACACUUCUAUGUCUAAUAUUAUGAAGAGUACCACAAAUAGAAGCGUUGCUGAUAGCAUCCAGCAGCAGUGCUCGUCGUCACAAUAUUCUCCACUGGCCUCUUCAUAUAUACCCGCAUCCCCUUCCAAUGAGCAUCUAACUGCAGCCAUAACUCUCGCUCAGCAACUGCGUGCCCAACAACAGCAGCAACAGAUGAUGGUACCUCACAUAGCGGUCCCAGCCCCGUUGCAAUCGAAUAUUCCUCCACAGUCAAUAAGUUCACUAAUCUCUUCCUUACACGCUACUAUUCCCACCUCGCAAGCAUCCACUCCAAUUGCCAACAAUACAGCUGCGCUCACAACACCCAUCGAUCUAUCUACACAGACACCCAUAACCACCGCAUCCAAUAUUAAUUUAUCAAGCGAUCAACAACGCAUUCAGGAGGUGAAUAAAGUUCUACAGUCAUUCAUCACAUCGUUGCUGCAAUCGCCAAACGAUGACGAAUACAAACGAAGAUUGUUCUAUCUGAAAUCACUUCAUAAAAUCUGGCAAAACGCUAAUUUCCAAUUAAUGUCGUCAACAGGUGCAUUCCCUGUAGAAUCACUCUCACUGGGUAAUCAACCCACCGGCCAAACGACAGUCAUCUCAUCGUCAGACAAAUCCAAUGGUACACUACAAUGCGGUACUCGACUUGACAAUAAUGUCUACAGCAGUGAAACUUCUUGA